AUGAGCAGGUCGGCGGCGCUUCUCCUCUGCCUGCUGGGCUGCAACGUGUGGAAGGCGGUGACCAAAACCCUGGGGGCGCCCGGUGCCGCUCGAGAAGUGACGCUGAAGGUCCAUGUAAGUGAUGCCAGCACGCAUCAGCCGGUAACUGAAGCCUUCAUUGAGAUUUUUACCAACCAGAUUUCCAUUGCCUCUGGAACCUCAGGAGCAGAUGGCACUGCCUUCAUCAAGUUUCAGUAUAAGCUGGGCAAUCAGCUGAUUGUUACUGCUACUAAACAUGCUUAUGUGCCAAAUUCUGCACCAUGGAAACCCACAAGAUUGCCUGUGUUUUCUUCUCUGAGCCUUGGACUUCUUCCUGAACGAUCAGCUACUCUAAUGGUCUAUGAUGACGUAGUCCAGAUAGUCUCGGGAUUUCAAGGUGCACGGAUUCAACCACGAGUUCACUUUCAAAGAAGAGCCCUAAAGUUGCCUGAGAACACCAGCUACAGUGAUCUGACAGCAUUUCUAACUGCAGCCAGUUCACCUUGGGAAGUGGACAGUUUUCCUUAUUUACAAGGAUUAGAUGGAAAUGGAACUGGAAAUAGCACCAGGUAUGACCUUACCCCUGUCACUGCAGUCAGUGUUCAUUUGCUCAACAGCGAUGGGACUCCAAUCCCAGUGAAUGGCCCCAUCUACGUAACAGUGCCUCUGCCAACAAACAGCAACCUGAAGCACAAUGGCCAUGUUCCAGCCUGGAGGUUUGACCAAAAAUUUGGGACAUGGUUGAAGAGUAGUUUAGGGCUUGUACAACAAGAAGGAAAUCAGCUGACCUGGACAUACAUUGCCCCACAGUUGGGUUAUUGGGUUGCAGCCAUGUCUCCUACUAACCCAGGUCCCAUUGUAACACAGGACAUUACUACCUAUCACACAAUGUUCCUUUUGGCAAUUCUAGGAGGAAUGGCUCUCAUUCUUGUGGUUUUGCUGUGUCUUCUUUUGUAUUAUUGCAGGAGGAAGUGUUUGAAACCACGUCAGCAUCAUAAGAAACUGCAGCUUUCUACAGCAUUGGAUGGUUCUAAGAAGGAUCAAUCAACCUCCAUGUCCCACAUCAAUUUAAUAUUUUCCCGACGGGAGUCAGAAUUUCCUAGUGGGAUGUCUGUUGCCAGCAAUGGGCACACUGAAAACUCAGGCGUUAAGGAGUUAAUCAGUGCUGUCCACAUGGAGAUGGUAUCUUCUAGUGGAGAAGCAGAUUUGCACACUCCUAUGCUCAAACAUUCGUACAGCACCUCACAGGAGUUUAGCUCCCGAGAGGAACUGCUUUCUCAUAAGGAGAAAGACAAGAGCCGAAUCUCCUUGGAGAACCUGACUCCUAGUGGGACUUUAAGAAAAGACUCCCAUAAGUCAGUGGAUACUUUUCCUUCAAAAUUAAGAAAGUCCAUGGAAACAUCAGAAGGAUAUGAGUCCCCUAUCAAAGAAGAUUACAGGAGAAGUUACAAUGCUAUGCUGUCUCAGCCUUUAUUUGAAAAGCAAGAGAGAGAGAUUCAAGCAUCCAUAAACCAUAUUUCUUCAGGAAGUAAAUACAAUAUUCAGGAACAAAUGUACCCCUCCCCAUCAGCCCCUGAAAAAGAACUGCUAGAUUGCAGACCUACUGAAUGUAUGAUGUCUCGUUCUGUCGAUCAUCUUGAACGACCUACAUCUUUUCCUCGACCAGGUCAGUUGAUCUGUUGCAAUUCUGUUGACCAAGUUAAUGACAGUGUUUACAGAAAAGUAUUGCCUACAUUGGUCAUCCCUGGUCAUUACAUGAAGUUACCAGGAGAACAUCCUUAUGUUAGCCAACCGCUGGUUGUCCCAGCUGACCAGCAGAUUGAUAUUGAAAGACUUCAGGCUGAGCUUUCUAACCCUCAUGUGCAGCUUUUUCCGCAUCCUCAGCAGCAGCUGCAACCCCAACAGUUAUCAUCACAAGCAAUAUCUCAGCAACAUUUGCAAGAUGCAGGUGCAAGUGAAUGGAGUCCACAAAAUGCUUCUAUGUCGGAGUCCAUAUCCAUUCCUGCCUCACUUAAUGAUGCAUCUCUGGCUCAAAUGAAUAGUGAAGUGCAGCUCCUUACGGAAAAAGCUCUGAUGGAGCUAGGAGGUGGAAAGCCAUUGCCUCAUCCUCGGGCAUGGUUUGUUUCUCUAGAUGGACGUUCAAAUGCUCAUGUUAGACAUUCAUACAUUGAUCUCCAAAGAGCUGGAAGGAAUGGAAGUAAUGAUGCCAGUUUGGAUUCUGGUGUUGAUAUGAAUGAACCAAAAUCUGCCCGAAGGGGAAGAGGAGAUCAUUUGUCCCUGCAACAGACUCACCAGCCACUGCAGGCGAACCAUCAAAGAGAGCAGAAAGUUUCAGAUAGCACAGCUUACACACAGCUUGUGUAUUUGGAUGAUAUGGACCAAAGUGGCAGUGAAUGUGGAACAGCAGUUUGCAGCCCUGAGGACAGUACCCUAAGAAGCCUAUUGGAUGGAGCUAGCAGGAGAAGUGGGGUCCAGUUGCCCAGCCUGCAGGAGGAAACAAUAAAAAGAACUGUAGAAACCACACCUGACCCACUAACUAGUCCCGAACACGGAACAUCCAUCCACGAUGAAGACGAUGAUGACGAUGACGACGAUGAUGAAGAUGACCAAGGAGAAGAUAAAAAGAGUCCUUGGCAAAAACGAGAGGAAAGACCACUAAUGGCUUUCAAUAUAAAGUGA